AUGGCGCUCGCUGCAGAAGCAAAGCGGAUUGCUGCAGAGUUCGACUACUCAACUGAGGAAGUCGGAAAAGGUGUUAAAGAAUUCAUCCGGGAAAUGGACGAAGGUCUGGAGAAGCAAGGGGCGACAAUGAGCCAGAUACCCUCCUACGUUACUGCGGUCCCCAAUGGAACUGAGAAGGGCAUCUAUCUUGCGGUUGACCUCGGUGGCACGAACUUUCGUGUUUGCAGCAUUGUGCUGCACGGUAACCAGACCUUUUCUCUGACGCAGUCCAAAGUUGCCGUACCUCAUGCUUUGAUGGAGGCCAAGAAAGCACACGAGCUUUUUGAGUUCCUCGCAAAACAAAUUGAGAUAUUCUUAAAGACCCAUCAUAACGACAAGUUCGAAGCUCAUCGGCGUCGACCAUCUCAGCAACAGUAUCUCGACCUUGGGUUCACAUUCUCCUUCCCAGUGAAUCAGUUAGGCAUCAACAAGGGAAAAUUGAUAAGGUGGACGAAAGGGUUCGACAUCGAGGAAGCGAUUGGCCAGGAUGUUUGUGCUCUCCUGCAGAAAGAGAUCGAUGCCCUCAACCUGCCAGUCAUUGUUGCCGCACUGGUCAACGAUACUGUCGGAACGCUUAUGGCUAGAUCUUAUACCUCUCCAGGCAAGACAGGAACCCUGAUUGGUGCCAUCUUUGGGACUGGAACAAACGGCGCAUACGUGGAGAAAUUGAAUAGGGUGAAGAAGAUGGCACAGAUUGACGCCGAAUUGGGCUCAGCGGCAUAUGACAAAUCCACAGGUCUUAUGAUCAUCAACACAGAAUGGGGUUCUUUCGAUAAUAACCUGUCGGUCCUACCUGAUACCCCUUAUGACCGAGCGCUCGAUGCUGAGUCAGUCAAUCCUGGCAUUCAGAUGUUCGAGAAACGUGUCAGUGGUAUGUUCCUGGGCGAGAUUCUUCGUCGCGCCAUUCUUGCUCUUUAUAAGCAUCAGGAUGAAAAUAUCGCAUUGUUUAAGGAUACUUCCUCUGCUGAUAACGACACAUCAUCAUUGACCACUGUGGCGGAAGACUCCCCCCUGUACAAACAGUGGGGCAUCGAUACCUCUUUCUUGUCGAUCGUCGAGGAGGAUGCUUCUGAUCGUCUGCGCAUUACGAAGCAAACUUUAGAAAAAGACCUCGGCGUUAGUGCACCCAGCAUGGAAGAUUGUGUUGCCGUCAAAACACUUGUACAUGCCAUUGGAAAACGAGCGGCACGUCUUGCAGCGGUCGCUCUCGGUGCUGUGGUACUUUCCACCAACAAGCUGCAAGAGGAUGAUUUGGUUGACAUCGGCGUUGAUGGAUCUCUUGUUGAAUAUUAUCCUGGAUUUGAGGAUUAUAUACGGGAGGCAUUCCGAGAGAUUCCUGAAAUUGGAGUGGAAGGCGAGAAGAAGAUUAGAAUCGGGCUUGCAAAGGAUGGAAGUGGAUUGGGAGCUGCUCUGAUUGCGCUGACAGCGUCCAAAGCGGAGGAGAGGGGAGAGUUUUCGCAAGAACUAGUCGACUCGCUACAAGCCUCAUCUGAAACCAACGCUUCGCGCGCCAAAGCCCUCGAACUGCACAUCGCCUCCCGCGUCGCCGCCGAACUAGCCGCCCUCGAGAGAAAAGAAGACGAAACCCUCAGAUCGCUGCGCGAAUCCCUCUCCUCCGAACUCUCCUCCUCCUCCACCACUCCAUCCAAGGACCAAUCCAACGAAUCUCGUCUUCUAGACCUCCCUUCUAUCCCCGCACCCGCCGACGCAGCUGCACGAGAAGAUGCGAGACAGGCACAGAGUUCAGCGAAGGUGUUUGAGGAGCUGGAGAAGUUGAGGAAGGGACUCAGUGAAAGGAAGAAGGUGAGGGAGAUGCCGAGGGAGGUGGAGAGGACAAGGGAGGAUUUGGUGGGCUGUUUGAGGAAGAAUGAUCGGAGGCCGUUGGAUUGUUGGAGGGAGGUCGAGGCAUUCAAGGCAGCUGUGGCGAAGAUGGAGGAGGAUUUUAUCGGGAGGGUGUUGUAG